GGUCUUUUCAAUUCAUCGCCUUUAUUUUUCACAUUUCUUGUCCAAAAUCGCCAAAACCUCUCCCUCCUUCCUUCCCCUCUCUCUCUCUCUCUCUCUAUCACAUAGAAUCCUUUUUCUCUACAGACAUCUAUUUUUUUAUCUACAUGUACUUGCGCCUCGUUGUUCGUGCUGUGAUCCUUUUCGCUUUCGAGCCCUAGAACGGAAACCCUAACUCACCGAGCGAGAGGGGGGCGUUUUGUCGUAAAUUGUACAAUAAUUACGUUUAUUUAAGGUGCUGUUAAUUAUUGUUUACUCAGUUCUUGAUGGUUUGAGCUGUAAAGAGGGUGUUGCCAUUACCAAGAUGAGUUUGCAACAGUCUACGCAGCCUAAAUCUUAUGCUAAUGGAUUUGGUCGUAGAAGAGCUGAAAGGGAAGGAGGAACAAGAUUGGACAAUAAACUGCAAUCUGGAAAGUCAAAUCUGAAUAGAUCAAGUAACUCGGGUGCUGGUGUUGGUGGCAAAGUUGGUUGUGGGAGUCCUCGCGAUCGACUGAUUUAUUUAUCAACUUGUCUCAUUGGGCAUCUUGUGGAAGUCCACCUGAAAAACGGAUCCAUAUAUUCUGGGACAUGCUACACAACAAAUGUUGAAAAGGAAUUUUCUAUUGUUCUGAGAAUGGCUCGCUUGAUAAAGGAUGUUCCUUUUAGAGGGCAGAAGGCAGAAACCCUUAGCAAGGCUCCUUCAAAGACUUUUAUCAUACAUGGCAGAGAAGUUGCACAAUUGAUUGCAAAGGAUGUGUCUGUAACAAUGGAUGGGAUGAACCGUGAUUUCCAAAAUGAAAAGCAGCAGGAGAUUAUAAUAGACUCCUUAAUAUCUCAAUCCCGUCACAGUGAAUUUGAGAGAGAGCUGGGACGUUGGGUCCCUGAUGAAGAUGCCCCACAGUGCCCUGAACUAGAGAAUAUAUUUGAUGCUCCUUGGAAUAGUUGGGGUUGGGAUCAAUUUGAGACAAAUGAAAUGUUAUUUGGAGUGAAAAGCACCUUUGAUGAGGAACUUUAUACAACAAAGCUUGAGAGGGGUCCUCAGACAAGAGAGUUGGAAAAGGAAGCCAUGAGAAUAGCAAGAGAAAUUGAGGGUGAAGAUACACAAGAUCUUCAUUUAGCAGAGGAAAGAGGCAUACACCUUCAUGAAAAUUUUGAUAUCGAUGAGGAGACCAGAUUCUCGUCUGUAUAUAGAGGUACAAGGGCUGAUGAUAGUGGAUAUGAGGAAACUGAAGAUAUACUGUUGGAUUCUCGCAAUAGUGAAACCUUUGGUGAUGCACCUGCUUCUUACUCUACGAAGUCCAUGGAUUUGGCCCAUGGAAAAAGUGAUGAUAGAUCUCAAGUUUUGUCAAGCUCUUCCUUGGAUGAGGCACAGUGUUCUCAGUCAUGUGGUAAUGCAGAUUUAUAUCAUUCAGUUACCCAUGAGCAAGCUAGACAGCUGGCAUCCGAGCUUCCAUCUAAAAAUUUGUCCACUUCAGAGAGUGAAAGCAGGAUCAUAGAGAAUCUUUGUGGUGAACAUGGAGCAAAUGACAGUAAUAAGGAGUUUGUAGAAGAACAAGCUCAGGCUGAAGGUGCUCAAUUGCCGACACGCGAUGAUUCUCAAUCACCGCUGAAUGGAAAGAAAGAUAGCUGUGAUAAAGGAGGACUAUCUCCUAAUGCAACUGCAUUUGCUCCUCCAUCCAAUGUUACUUCAAACAGUAAUGAAAAGACAAGUUCUUCUGCUGAAUUGCCAGAAGGUGCUCCAUCUGUUAAAGGAGCCGGAGAAGUGCAAGCUGUAAACUCCCGUGGAAGACCUGGCAGUUCUACAUCAUCAAAUUCAGAUUGUGUGGGUGCUGUGUCAGUUUCCAAUGGUCCUGGUUUAUCACCAAGCUCAUCAAUGGGUUCAUUAUCUUCAGAGAAGUCCACACUGAACCCUCAUGCUAAGGAAUUCAAACUUAAUCCCAAUGCCAAGAGUUUCACCCCUUCUCAAACACCUGUUAGGCCUCCAUCCCCAGCAUCGGAUGGUUCCUUCUAUUUUCAACCUAAUGUUCCUGCUCUACCACAUAUGCAUGGCAUGCCUAUGGGAAUUGGAAUUGGACACUCAUUUACUGGCCACCAGCCAGUUAUAUUUAAUCCACAGGUCGCAUCAUUGCAAACACAACAAGCAUAUUUUCAUCCAGGUGGACCUCAGUAUGGGCAGCAGAUGCUCGUUGGCCACCCCAGGCAAGUAUUGUACAUGCCAAGCUACCAACCUGAGAUGCCGUACAAAGGACGAGAAUUUUAGUAAAGCUGAUGAACAUUCUUGGCAGUUCCAGUCUGCUCGCAACAAAUAAACUUCUGAAAAGCUGCUUGGAACAAUUUUCUAGGAUCUAAGCCCUGCAGUCCAUGAAGAUAUAUAUAGCUCUGAAGCCCCAUUUCUGCCUUGGGGGAAGUUGACUAAUUGUGGGAUAUAAUUUUUACAAUCUUGUAUGCUUCAUUUACACCAUGACUGAAAUUCUCCACAUGUUUUUAACUAGUAUUUUACAGUGACUGUUUUAUUUAAAUUAGUUUCUGGAUCAAAUUAUGGUGCAGAGAUUUGUGUUCUCCCAUAUAAAUUUCUCUGCUAUAUUUCCAUGUUCUGGUGUUGAG